GGUAGCCGGAGAACCAUGCUUGCCCUCACUCUCCUGAGCCUGAGUGUGCUGGCCAGUGCCCACGCCUGCUCUGCAGACACAUCGUAUGCGGCAGGGAUCGUAUGCCGCAUCACCAAGCCUGCCCUUCUGGUGUUGAACCAGGAGACCGCCAAGGUGAUCCAGAAGGCUUUUCAGCGAGCCCACUACCCAGACAUCAAGGGCGAGAAGUCUGUGAUGCUCCUGGGUGGGGUUAAGUACGGCCUGCACAACAUUCAGAUCAGCCACCUGUCGGUCUCCAGCAGCCAGGUGGAGUUGAUGGAAGCCAAGUCUAUCGAUGUCUCCAUUCGAAAUGCAUCUGGGAUCUUCAAGGGAACCCUGAACUAUGGCUACACGAGCGCCUGGGGGUUGAGCAUUGAGCAGUCUGUCGACUUUGAGAUCGAUUCCUCCAUUGACCUGCAGAUCAACACACAGCUGACCUGUGACUCUGGCAGAGUGAGGACCGAUGCUCCCGACUGCCACCUGUCUUUCCACAAGCUGCUGCUGCAUCUCCAAGGGGAGCGUGAGCCUGGAUGGAUCAAGCGACUGUUCACAAACUUCAUUUCCUUCACCCUGAAGCUGGUCCUGAAGGGACAGAUCUGCAAAGAGGUCAAUGUCAUCUCCAACAUCAUGGCUGACUUUGUCCAGAAAAGGGCAGCCAGCAUUAUCUCUGAUGGAGACAUCGGGGUUGACAUUUCACUGACAAGAUCGCCAGUCAUCACAGCUACCUACCUGGAGUCCCACCACAAGGGUUAUCUCCUCUACAAAAACACCUCCGAGGACCUCCCUCUCCCCACCUUCUCCCCCACCCUGCUGGGGGAUGGCCGCAUGCUCUACUUUUGGUUCUCCGACCACGUCCUCGACAACUUGGCCAAGGCCGCCUUCCAGGAUGACCAGCUUGUGCUCAGCCUGACAGGGGCCGAAUUCAAGGAUAUUCUGGAGUCCCGAGGCUUCAACACCAACCAGCAAGCCUUUCUGGAGCUUUCUAGCAACUUCCCAACUGGCCUUGCCCAAGUCACUGUGCACUGCCUGAAGAGGCCCCGGAUCUCCUGUCAGAGCCGAGGCAUCGUGGUCAGCUCUUCCGUGGCGGUGACCUUCUUCUCCCCACGUGCAGACGGACAAGGUUCUCAGGCUCAUUCUUUCCAAGAGGAGGUCAGCACCACCAUCCAAGCCUCCUAUUCCAAGAAAAAGCUCUUCUUGAGCCUCGUGGAGUCCUGGGUUAAACCAACCAGUGCUUCCAGCGUGACUGAGGGCAGUUCUGAGUCUAUGCAGAGCUGCAUAGAGUCGAUGGUCACCACAGUGGGGAUCCCUGAGGUCAUGUCUCGGUUUGAGGUGGUGUUUACAGCUCUCAUGAACAGUAAAGGCCUGGACCUUUUUGACAUCAUCAACCCUGAGAUCAUCACUCGGGAUGGCUUUCUGCUGCUGCAGAUGGACUUCGGCUUCCCAGAGCACCUGCUGGUGGACUUCCUGCAGACCUUGAGCUAAGAGGCUCCAAAGGGGCUGCAGUGGCUGGAAGCAGGAGACACAAAGCCAACUCACAUCGAGACCCUGGCAUCUCCAUCCAUUGUGGUGGGGUGAGAGAGGACUUGGGGAGCUGGGAGACAAGCCUACCCCCCCAUCCUAAAGUCUCACUGGAAUAAAAAUACUCAUGUAGC